AUGACGAAGUAUUUCAACGAAAUACUAACAUAUUUUAACAAUCUUAGACCUGAAUUAGGUCCAUUCCAAGUUUCAAGAGUAUUAAUGGAAGUUGCGAAGCGAAACGUCGAAAAUUUUCUCAAUAACAGAAAUGGAAAAGCAAAAUGCCCAAAGUCGGUUUCAUUAUAUAAAGAGUUACAAGUACAGUUAGAUGUUGGUCAAAAUUACGAAUUUAAAGAUCUCACAAAGCAAUUACAAAUUUUAUUUGAUAAAUUAAACGUAAAUCUACAUAAUUCCGAUGUUUCGAAACUUGGGUUCUAUAUUGAUGUUAUUGAUAAUACAGAUGCUGACAUUUCUCAACGGAAAAAACUCAUAGGAAGUUUUUAUUUUGCGUACUCUCGUAAAUUAGAAAAUACAACGCAAAUUAUUCGUGAAGAUUACCUCUGCUUACUUUCUUAUAAUUCAAAGCGUGAAAGUCCACGUUCUUCAUUAUCUCCUGGAAAAUCUUUGUCCUCUAACCUCGCAAAGUUCGCAUCAAAGGAUGAUGACUCUGAUGAUUUCUCAGAUCUCAUUAGUCUUGGCUCUAAAAAGGAGUUAUCCCAACCUCUUGUUAAUUUAGGAGAUAAAUUAGCCAUUCAACAGCCAAUUAAGCAGCCAACAUUACAAUUGAAACCUCUACCGCCAAAACCAGUACUUCCACUUAAGAAAAACCCUCUUGAUGACUUAUCAGAUGACGAUGAUGGAAACUUUUCAUUUGAUAGCAAGGACGAUGAUAAGCCUGCAACUCCUCUCAAGAUUAUUGCUAAAGCUCCAUUGGAAUUAUCAGCAACUCCGACUUCCAAGAAAAAUGAAGUCAAACAUAAGUCAAAAUACCAUACAAUGGACUUAUCUCAGUUUGUUUCUAAUUCAAAUAACCUUAAGGGUAACAAGAAACUUGAUGCUUUAAGAGAUGAAGAAGGAGAUGACGAUUAUGUUUUUGAUUGA